GCCGCUUCUCCUGCUCCGGCCAACCCUACUUCGGCCGCUUCUCCUGCUCUGGCGAACCCUACUCCGACCGUUUCUCCUGCUCCGGCGAACCCUACUCCGGUCGCUUCUCCUACUCCGGCCGCUUCUCCUACUCCGGCUGCUUCUCCACCGGCGAACACAGAAGACCCUCCCGUUGCACCUCCUUCCCGGUCUUCCACUAGAGGGGAAGCACCUUCUUCUGAACGAGGAGAAAAUCCGGAGGAAAUUGGGUCGAAUCAUGGUGACGCUCUCACAUCUCAAGAACAUAAUACUGUAGAGGGUGAGGAGAUGGCUGGUGGAGCAAUAAAACCAGACUUGUUUUACUUCCAACCGGCCGAGUAUGGGAAGCCCUGUAAGCUCUCCUCAAGGUGUUAUCAAAAAGAUUUCAUCAUGUUGAUUAAAGACUUUGAUGCAAGGGAGAAGAUGUGGUUUUAUGGGCACCCACAGUUCAAGCAUAUUUUCCAUAUGGAGUACUCAUCAAGGAGAAAGGUCAUGGGAUUGUGGAUGUUGUUGCUUCGCACUGUAAAAGUCGACAAGAAGAGACAGGCUUGGUUUGUGGUAAAUGGGAUUCCCAUUCGUUACUCUAUCAAAGAACAUGGCCUCUUAUCAGGACUAUACUGCCACACAUAUCCAGAGAACUAUGAGAGCAUGGGGAGUUUGAGAUUUGCUAAGAAGUACUUUCAGAAACCACCAAAGAAGAAAGGUGAGGAUCCUCCUGAACUAAGAGUGACACCGGCUGACGUCCUAAAGAAGCUAAAGAAGAUGAAUUAUGAUGAUAUUAUGAUCGGUUGAGGAUGGCAGUACUUUACUUCUUGGCCACAGUCAUUUUUGGAAGAUCAAGGCCUGGAACCCCUAUAUCCCAUUUUCUUCUCCGAAUGGUUAAUGAUCUUCAGUUGUGUCACAUGUUUCCAUGGGGGCGUUUCACCUUUGACGACUCCCUGAAUGAGAUAAAGCAUAUGGUGAAGCAUUUUCGAGGAAAGAUCCCAGUUGAAAAGGCUUCUUGGACAUUUCCUGGGUUUAGCAUUCCACUGGAGAUAUUGGCAUUUGAAAGUAUCCAAGUGCUGAAGAAAAAUUUUAGAGAAGAUGCUGAAAUUAGAGAAAUUGAUGAUAGCUGUCCAAGAAUGUGCAAGUCGAGGUUCUUAGGGAAUGGGACGUCAGGAUAUGCAUUGGAAGAGAUAUAUGCGAAGCUUGGAGAAACAAAG